GCCCUCAAUGAGCGGGUGAAACUUCCUAUCCGUCUUCUUAUAUUUGGAAUUCAAUUAAGAUUAAAGAUGGGUGAGUGGGACUUUCUCGGAAGACUGCUGGAUAGAGUCCAGAUGCACUCAACGGUGGUGGGAAAAAUUUGGCUCACCGUCCUGUUUGUGUUUAGGAUUCUAGUCCUCGGGGCCGGUGCCGAGAGAGUUUGGGGCGAUGAGCAGUCAGACUUCAUCUGCAACACAGAGCAGCCGGGGUGCGAGAACGUCUGCUACGACCAGGCGUUCCCCAUCUCACACAUUCGUUUUUGGGUGCUGCAGAUCAUCUCGUUGUCCACACCUACUCUAGCCUACCUGGGCCACGUCGUCCACGUCAUACAUGUCGAAAAGAAAGUGAGAGAGAUGAUGAAGAAAGAGCUUCAGAAUGAGCAAAUCAGUCUGUUCCUCAAGAAAGGCUACAAAUUUCCCAAGUACAGCAGGGACAAUGGGAAGGUCAGCAUUCGGGGGCGUCUCUUGAGAAGCUACAUUCUGAGUUUGCUUUGCAAGAUACUUUUAGAGGUGGGUUUCAUCUUGGGCCAGUACUACCUUUAUGGCUUCACUCUUCAGGCCCAAUACGUCUGUGUCCGUUUUCCGUGUCCUCACAAGGUGGACUGUUUCUUGUCAAGGCCUACUGAGAAAAGCAUCUUCAUUUGGUUCAUGCUGGUGGUGGCCUGUGUCUCUUUACUCCUAAAUGUGAUUGAGAUCUUAUAUCUUUGCAUCAAGAAGAUCAACGAGUGUCUCAGCCGCAAAAAGGACUACAACAUCACACCCGUGACCCCGGUUGUGAACAGAAAGGACUUAAAAAAUACAGAUCAGGUGAUUCAGAACUGGAUGAACCAUGAGCUGGAGCGUCAAAGGAGGGAACUUGGCAAUGAGGCAACUAAAAGUGUGGCUUCAGAGGACCACAGUGCUGACGUGCAAGAGGUCCAUAUCUGAUCAGCAGGUCUCUGUACACAAAGGCUUUCACACGGUCAACUUGAGCAAACAGCCACUGAUCCAAGUGACUCGUGCAUGGUCGAGACCCCCCAACUUCAAGCAUGCUA